AAACACUAGCACACCACAAGGUACCAGCAGGAACCACAAUAGGUUCACAGAGAAGUACAGGCAUCCAGGCGUGGCAAGCAUAUACACACCCACACAGUCACAUACGCAGCAUUCCAGCAAGCGAGCGAGCGAGAGCACAGGCCAGCAAAAGCAUAUACCCACGCACGGCAAGGCCUUGUAGAAGCGAGGAGCGAGAGCACGCACACCAGUCUCGCUGGAUCUGAUGGUGGAAAGCUCGCCCCUCGCCGCAUGCUCGCUGCUGCCGGCUGCCGGGCGGGCGUGGCGGCGUACGUCCGCCGUGCGGCUCGGCGGGGCAGAGCAAGGAGAAGGAGCGGUGCCGCCGGACGUUUCUUCUCCGCGCCGUCGGGCCGGUGCAAGGGAAGAUGACUCUCGCCGACUCGCCGGGGAAGGGGAGGAGCGGCGCUUUUUUGCUGGCCGCCACCGCCGCCGCGCGUCUGUUGGGGAAAUCGGGAGAGAAGGUAACUUGGCUCAUAGAGAAUGAAGCCCGCGAUUGGGCUUAUGGGCCGGGCCGAGAAAAACGGCCCGCAAGCCCACCUGGUGCCCAAGGCGAGGACGGCGAUGGCACCCUUAAAUACUCGGGCGUAACCGCCUCCGUCUCAACGGACACCGCCUCGCCUGAGCGCCAACAAACCACCUCUCUCCUCCACCGCCUCUGCUCUCUCCAGCACUCCAGCAGCCCACCGGCGGCGAGCGAUGGACCAGUUCCAGGACGGGCAGCAUGUGUGGCUGCGGAGCCGCGUCCGCGGCAAGUACCUCUCCGCCAGAGGCGACGGGGAGGGCGUCCGCCUCCGCGAGGGCCGCGCGUCGCUCAAGGCGGCGUGGGCGGUGCACCGCCACGUCGGCAUCGACGGCGUCGAGUACGUGCUCCUCCACAGCGCCGCCUACGGCCGCUACCUCGCCGCCACCGACGACCGCGCGCCCCUCCUCCUCUGCGGCUACCGCGUCGUGCUGCAAAACUACGACAGGGACCCGAUGGAGGCCAUCAGGUGGCAGGCCGUCAAGCCGCCAGGGGCGGCUGAGGACGACGUCCUGCUCCGCCAAGUCCGCCGCGGCCACCGCUACCUCCGCGCCAACGGGAAGAUCCAGCGCUGGAUCAGGGGCGUCAGCGUCGACGACCCCCAAAACAUCACCACCAUGAUGCACUGGGUGGUGGAGCCCAUCCCCGCCAUGCAGGGCAGACCUGCACUUCCACCUCCCACCGCCAGGGACCGCCACCCGGGAGACCUCUCGGUCUGGCUCGGGUUUUCGCCGGCAUCGAUUCGGACGAUUCGAUACGUACGGGCAGACGACGACGGAGACUACCCCGAGCUCGAGGAGGUCUGGUACGCGCUCCAUUUCACGGGGAGGUCCGUGCACCGUCUGCGGGGCCUUCUGAGGGACGAGCUGGCCAGGGACGACCACGUCGCCCCCGCCGACCUCAUCAUGUGCGUCCGAGCGGGCCGCCACGGGAGGCUCACCCCACUCGUCGUCAACCUACCCCACCAUGGCGAUUCCUUCCAGAUCGUCCUCAUCAUGGACGGGACACCAGCCAGCGCUGAGCUGCGACACCCAAAUGUCGAUGCAUAGUAGAGAAGAUCAGAGCGGGAGUCCUGACAGUUUGCCUCUUCAGAAACUUGGCCACCUCGGACAUGACGACAACAGAACUGGGGGCCUACUAUUGCAUAGACAGAUAGAUAUAGGUCCAUUAAACUCAGCAGCUCUCGUGUUUCUUCUGCUAGUUAAACUUGAUCUGCUUUCCUGACAGGAAGAACCUGUCCGUUUUGGUUCUAAGAUCCAGAACUGCUGAAAGCGUUAGGUGAAAUGGCUGAACAUUUUUGUAGUGACAGUAUUGUCUGUAAUUGCUUUAGUAUUGCUCUUGUAACAUCCAUCGAUGUGAUGUGUGGUUUCCUGGAUGAAGCAUUUCGCUGUAGGAGUUGUUGCAGUGAGUUGAAUAUAGCUAAUAAUCCUGCAUUCCUUGUGGGUGAUGGAUGCAUAUCAUGCGUUUCCUACGAAUGCAAAUGCAGUGGUUCUUGCAA